GAGGGUGUAUCAAUUUUCAAUCCUUGGCUUUCUGGAUAGGUCUUUUCUUGCCUCCGAAUUUGAGGAUCCAGUGGUUAGCGUAGGCAAUGGUGGGGACCAGAGAGACUCGCUUUAAAUAAGCUUUCUCGUGACUUGCACUUGGCUUUUGUCUUGAUUGUUCGUUUAUCUUGGGUGAAGGGACACCUGGGGUGCAAGGUUUCGGGGUGGAAGCUGCCUUGGUAACACCAGCUUUAUUUUCUUAGACUGAGUGGCACAGAUGAGGACAGCGACGUGCUUCAAAGAUGCAAGAUUUUUAGAUUUAUUAUUGAGGGGUGUUCCAGAUGAUAAGAAACUUAAGCUCUCAACACCCCUCCCUUUACCUGACAAGCGUCCCGAGGACCCUCCCAUAUCCGACCACCGAGAUUCCAGAAAGCCUGGAAACAGUCCCACAAGGUCCAGAGCCAAUUUCUGGCUUGCUUGACCGAAACAAAUCCACUUGGGAGGUGGGGGCCAACUCCUGGGAGACCCCCAACUCGUAGGAGAGGUGCGCGAGGCAGUGGACCUGGGGCUUGUUUUAAAGAGUUUAUUCUAUAAAUUGCACGUGAUGGAGGUAUGAGGCAGAGGGUUGAUUUUAAAAAUGUUCUUCCCUUUUUUAAAAAGAGGAGGGGGGAAGAAUCAGACGUUAAAUUCUUUUGCAAACAUUCAUGCCUAAGGUAGGGCUGGAUCAGGCAGCCCCGGCCGCCGGAACCGGUCGGACAGGUAGCGAGCUUGUUGACACCGUUAUGUUGCAGGGCGCAUGCUCACUCCCAAGUUUCCUGGUGCCUUUUCUAUUCCACCUUAUGAAACUUUUUCCCCGGCGUGGUCUCACGCGCGAUUUAAGGCAUAGGUGUCGCCGAGCCCGGAGGCUGCGAGUCACCCGGAGUGAGGGGAGAGGCCGAGGCAGCGCGGCAGGGGGUGCAGGAAGAGGGCAGGCAAGGCGGGAAGGUGGGCUCGGGACUCCGGGAGCCAGGGGAUCCAGGCGCCUCCACCGCCACUAGCGGGGAACAGCGGGGAGGAGGGGGCCGCAGUCGGAAGAGGGGAUCCCACCAUGCCCAAAGUCUUUCUGGUGAAGAGGAGGAGCCCGGGAGUUUCGGUCCGCAGCUGGGAUGAGCUCCCGGAUGACAAAAGAGCAGACACCUACAUCCCAGUGAGCCUGGGCUGUCUGCUCCCCGACCCCCCCGAGGACUGUCGCAGCGACGGCGGCAGUAGCAGCGGUUGCAGCAGCAGCAGCAGUAGCAGCGCUGGGGAGCCCGGAGGCACCGAGAGCAGCUCGUCCCCGCGCGCGCCGGAGCCUGAAACUCCUGAGCUCCACGACGCCGAAGGCCCCGAUGGACACCUGGCAGCGAUGCAGCGCCCGGUUGCCAGGUCAAAAAUCAAGUUUACCACAGGCAUGUGCAAUGACUCCGUGAUUCACAACUGUGACCUGUGUGGCAAGAGCUUCCGCCUGCAGCGCAUGCUCAACCGUCACCUCAAGUGCCACAACCAGGUAAAGAGGCACCUAUGCACCUUCUGCGGCAAGGGCUUCAAUGAUACCUUCGACCUAAAGAGGCACGUUCGCACACAUACAGGCAUCCGCCCCUACAAAUGUGAUGUGUGUUACAAGGCCUUCACCCAGCGGUGCUCCUUGGAGUCCCACCUGAAGAAGAUUCACGGCGUGCAGCAGCAGUACGCCUACAAGCAGCGUCGGGACAAACUCUAUGUGUGUGAGGAUUGCGGCUACACGGGCCCCACCCAGGAGGACCUGUAUCUGCACGUGAACAGUGCCCACCCAGGUAGCACGUUUCUCAAAAAGACUUCCAAAAAGUUGGCGGCCCUUCUGCAGAACAAGAUGACGUCCCCGCUACAGGAGAAUUCCGCCCUGAGCGAGGAGGAGGAGAAAAAGUGAAGAGCAAGAGAAACUGGAGGAGAGACGCCCGGUGCCACGUUUACUCGGACUUUCGGUUCUGAGGUGUAGCUCUCCUCUGCCCCGCCGGUUCUUUUCAGUGACAAAUACUCAGUCCACCUCUCUUUUCCUUUGGGACAUCGAUGGUAAGAUGCAUCCCCACGUUGUUAAUCAUUCUGCCACAACAGGCCCUGUACCGUGUGUCUGUUUUCUUGGUGGCUGAGAUCACGUACGGGUUCUUUUGUGUGUGUAUGUGUGUGUCUGUGUAUGUGUAUUUUUUUUCUAAUGGAAUUCUCAGACAUGAAUAGAGGGGUGUUCUUAAAGAGACCAUCAUCUUAUGGUGCCUUGAAACGCUACUCAAGCAAGGAAAAUGUAUAUUCUUCUGAAAGAGUUUACAGAAACUAUUUUAAUAAAUGAACUGUCCGUGUGAAAUGUCUCUUUAAAAAAAAAAACAAAUAGGGUUGAGCUUCAGCUCUCCUGUUGAGGGUUGACGUGACAAUGGACAGAGGCUGAUGGCUCUGUCUUGGUGGAGAGGAUUUAAAGAGGCCAAUCUUGUCAGUUGGGUAAGGCAAAUGGUUGAUUGGUGGAUAAAACCGACGGGGUGGCUAGUUCAUGGAUUGAUGAACCUUGAGGCAUGAGGCACAACCUUUGAGAACUCAACUGUUCUCUUUUCUUGGUGACGGGGGGGGGGGGGUUCCCGUGGUCCGAGGACUUGCUGGACAAAGGGCCCUGCUUCCUCCCUGGAGGCUGGCCCUAGGUGAAGCAUGUGACAUCCCUGGAGCAUGAGAAACUAGCCCAGGCAUGAAGAACACCUGUUGAGGCAUACCUGCUGGGAGGCUGGGCAGCAGACAGGUUUCCUUCAGGGUGCUGGACUGGGAAUGCAACCACCUUGAGCAACACUACAUUCUCCUCACCUUGGAGUUCCAUUCCUAGGUGUGGGAAAGGUUAACAGACCAGCCUGCCUUUGGAUGCAGCGGAGGAGACAGGGAAGCUGAGAACUGAGUGGGUGCGGAGGUGGGUUCCACGGUCACUGGGCAGCAGGAAAGGCCCAGACCCUCCCUUCAGAAGCCCCCUAGCCAGGAAAGCCUUGACUGAUAGUCUAUUUUCCCUGGAUUGACUGGGAAGUCAUGAUACAUGUUGUCCUUGCCUUUCACUGCGCAGCGUCUCUGGACCCUGGCUGGGCUCCUUGGUCUAGGGAAACUUGUGGCUAACAGGGCCAUCUUCUUUUCUUUCUCUGUACUUUAUCCUUCCCCCUCUUGUCCUCUCUCUUCGCCUUCUCUUCCCUCAGUUCCACCUUCUUCCCUUUUUUUCUCUCCUGUACUCUGAGCCAAGCAUUGUGCCAAGGGCUGGACACGUGAUACAUUACCGUUUCUCUUCCAACCACGGCUUUGCUUUUGGAAGAGAGAUCUGUGGAGCCCUGGUGAUGUGCCAGGCACUGGCCUGGGUGCCCCUCACUGUGCAGGCGUUACCUAAACAUCUGUAAAACACCCCAGGGGUCAGCAACCCCGUUUCUUUGAGUCAGUGCAGAGACCUUCGAGCCUUCAGAUCUGGGCAAAACGCCUCUUUUCCUCAUUCUUCCGUCAAAGCAGAGAAAUGGUUUCAGGUACAGCCAGCCGGGUUGGUGCAGAGAAAGGCACAGGGAUCAGAGCGGUUCUGAAUGUCAUCACUCCUUCAGAUGCCUGAGGAUGCUCAGCUCAGCAGCCAUCUGCAGAUCCCGCAGGUGUCUGUCCCACCCCUCCUGAAGCACCAGAUGGGUGGCUUGCAGCUUCAGAGCCACAGUUGAACAGCUAUGGUCAAAGCAUCAGCAGUGGCAGGAGCUGAACUGGGAUUUCAUGUGGCCCAGGGUGCAGUCAUUCAGGCCUCCACCCUGACUUCAGGGGACAAACCGCUGGCUGACAGGCGCCUAGCUCUUGCCACAGAGUCUGAAAGUCAGCUGACCAGCCUAGCCCAGCUUGUGCAGGUGGUGACAGUGCCGGAGCGAGCUGCUCUGGCUGGAAGUGUGUGGCUGGCUGCCCCUGGAACUGUGAAUAAGGUAAUGGUCCCAUUAGGGCUAGUAUUUUAUUAAAUAGCUUGCUCAGUUGCAAGGGACAGAGACCCAGUUUAAAACAGCGUUAGCAAUGAUUUGCAUACUUCUUCCAUGACCGAGAGCUGGCAGGAAGCCACCUUCAGAAAGACCUGCUGGAAUCAGGGCUUCAAAUCUUCAGGUUCUAGGCCUCUGAGACGGCUCAGAAGGCAAAGAGUGUUUGUUGCCGAGUCAGCCAGACACACUAAGCCCAUUACCCUCUACGAUCCACAUAGAGAACUGGCUCCCACAGCUGUCCUUGAGCCCCCAGAUGUACACUACACACCCCUACAUACCCGCCCCUAUAGGGGUAAAGGUUUUUAAAAGCUCAAGCUUCAGAAUGACCAGAUAUAGUGCUCAAGAAAUAGCAGCAGCAUCUUUCCCUUCAUCUUUUCUGUGUUCUUAUGAAUUGAGACGGGAUCUUGCUAUAUGGCUCAAGGAGGUCUUGAGUUUGUAAUCCUGUCUAAGUCUCCCAAGCAGCUAGGUAUGCCAUUAUAGUCUUGCACCACCGCUGCCCCUCUAUCUUUGAGAUCCACACCCCCCGGGACUUUGUAGGAUGUUCAGGUGGAGCUCUGACCAUCCACAGCUCUAGAUUCUGUCCAGCCAGUACAGUGGUGUAGCGGACAGUUUCCCUUUUUGCCUGAGGUGGUGGUAAAUUUGGUUCUGGGACCCACCUUGAAGCACCCCUGUGCCCUGGGACAUGUUGCUCUCUUGGCCGAGGCCUGAGGCUUGUGCUCCCACUGCUCCUAAAUCAGGUAUAGUGAGCAGAUGAGCUACAGUCCUAAGAAAGUGGCUCCCCAGCAAAACCAGGGUGAUGGGACCCAAAGGAAAAAUGGAUGUUGGACAGGUGUACUGGCUAUGAUGAGACAGCUUGGGGUUGGAGAGAUGACUCAGUGGUUAAACAUGUUAGGUACCCUUGCUCAGGCCUAGAGUUUGGUUCCUGGCACCCACAAAGCUAGCCUCUGCUGGUACCUACCUACUCUACUGCGUGCACGUGUGCACACACACACACACACACACACACACACAGAAUUUAAAAAUAAUCAAAUUCACUGAGACUCUAAGCAAUAGUGGAGAGGGUUUCUGAACUGGCCUUGCCCUAUAAUCAGAUGAUGACUACCUUAAUUGCCAUCACAGAACCUUCAUUUAGUGACUGAUGGAAGCAGAUGCAGAGAUCCACACCUAAGCACGGGGCCAAACUCUUGGAGUCUGUUUGAACAGAGGGAGGAGCAAUAAUAAUGAGAAAAGGGGUCGAGACAAUGAUGGAGAAACCCAGAGAAACAGCUGACCUGAACUAGUGGGAGCUCACAGACUCUGGACUGACAGCUGGGGAUCCUGAGGAGGAACCCUCUGAAUGUGGGUGACAAUUGUGUGGCUUGGGCAGUUUGUGGGGCCACUGGCAGUGGGAUCAGGAUUUAUCCCUAGUGCUUGAACUGGCUUUUUGGAACUCAUUUGUUUUGGAGAGAUGCCUUGUUCAGCCUAGAUACUGUGGCAAUUUAUAGAAUAAGGAGUUUAUGCUGGGCCGUGGUGGCACAUGCCUUUAAUCUAGCACUUGGUGAGGCAGAGACAGGUGGAUAUCUGUGAGUUCAAGGCCAGCCUGGUCUACAGAGUGAGUUCCAGGACAGGCUAUAGAGAAACCCUGUUUUGAACCCCACCCCCCCACACAAAGAAGAAAGAGUUUAUUGGACCUUACAGUUUCAGAGGGUAAGUCCAUGACCAUCAUGGUGGGGAACAUGGCAGCAGGCAGAGAGGCAAGCAUGAUGCUGGUUCAGUAGCUGUGAACUUGAGAGAGAGAGAGAGAGAGAGAGAGAGAGAGAGAGAGAGAGAGAGAGAGAGAGAACAAAGCGUCAUGGGCCAAAAGCCCACCCCCAGUGACACACUUCUUCCAACAAGGCCAGACCUGCUGCUAAUCCUUGCUAAACUGAUCUACCAACCGUGGACCAAGCAUUUAAAUGUUUGAGCCCAUGGUGGCCAUUCUCAUUCAAACCACCCACCCCUCUUUCAUUUUUUUUAUAUAUAAAAUCGUAUGUGUGUGGUGUUUUGCCUGAAUGUAUGUCUAUACACUGCUUGCACUCCUGGUGCAGCGGAGGCCAGAAGAGAGCAUUGAAUCCCCUGGAGGUAGAGUUACAAUUACGAGCCCCAUGUGGGUGCUGAGAAGAGAAUCCAGGUCCUCUGCAAGAGCAACAAGUGCUCUUAAUCACUGAGCCAUCUCUCCAGCCCCUCAAUUUACUUUUAGUAUUUUAUUUUAUUUUAUUUUGGCUUUUUUAGACAGGGUUUCUCCAUGUAACAAUCCUAACUGUUCUGGAACUCGCUUUGUAGACCAGGCUGGCCUUGAACUCAAGAAGAUCUGUCUGCCUCUUCCUCCCAAAUGCUGUUAUUAAAGGCAUGAACCACCACCACCCGCCCUAUUUUCAGUAUUUUAUUUUUAUUUGAUGUGUAUGAGUGUUAUUCCAGUGCUCUGCAAGAGCAACAAGUUCUCAACCACUGAGCACAAUUGAGGUAGGAUCUCAGUAGUCCAGAGUGAUCUUGAAUUCCUAUCCCCCCCCCCCACCUCAGGCUCCCAGUUGCUGAGAUUACAGUCACAUACCCACCACAUUCAGCUUGGACAUCCACUCUUGACUUUCUGAUCCCAACCUCAUCUCAACCCUGCUAGUCAAGCCUGACCUGCUCAGCCAGUUGUCAGGCAGUUCAGCCAAUGUGUCCAGGCUUGACCUGGGGAUUAGUCCUGGUGGUAGUGGUGGCUCUGAAGCCUUGGGUCUGUCGGUGGUGGGGACCGGACCUGUGAGUUCUGACAUGUUUUGAGUCUAUUGAACAAUGCCAGCUUUGGGUUAGUGUUCUGGCAACACACGGAAGCAGCGCUGGCUGAUGCUGAUUUUAGGUGACUGUCAUCCUGGGGGUUCAUUUUGGAGAAAGAAAUCUACUAUUUUUAUUUAUUUAUUGGUUUUUCGAGACAGGGUUUCUCUGUAGCUUUGGGGCCUGUCCUGGAACUAGCUCUUGUAGACCAGGCUGGCCUCGAACUCACAGAGAUCCAUCUGCUUCUGCCUCCCGAGUGCUGGAAUUAAAGGCGAGCGCCACCACCACCUGGCUAGAAAUCUACUAUUGAGCCCAGCAGUGUGACUCAUUUUAUGGAUGUCACAGACUGGCUCCUCGAAGCAUAGAAUGGGACAGGGUUUCUAGGACAGGUGAUGUAUUGAAGGUGGCUGUGGGAGAAAGGAAUAAGGAAGUGAGGGUAACAAGGUCUACCUUGUUCUUCUAACAAGAAACAGAAAGAAGAUGAAGAUCCGGGUUCCCUAGAAAUCCGGCUACAGUCUGGUAUAAUGGGUUCUGGAGUGUGAGUGGCACCUAGAAGUGCCACCUGGAGCAAGGGACCAGUGAUCACACGUGACUGACACAGAGGGCAUGACCUCGGGGCAUUUUCAGUAACAGUAACUGUGAGCACUUGUAACCAGUGUGGUGCACUCAGAGGUCUCCAAGGCAGGGCAAUGGGACCAUACUGAUGGGUUCUCAGAGAUUAAAAAACCAAAACAAAAACCGAGGCCCGCAGGUUCUGACCCUUCUCAGAACACAUGCAUUCUGAUAAGGACCUACUUUUAGAACAAAGAAGUGUAUCGGGUGCUGCAAAUUAUGUAUCUGGCAUUCCAAGAAGUUGUUUUUAGAAUAUUUAUAAUAAUAUAGUGAAGAAAUGUAGUACCUCCAAAUUGGUUCCUCAUCUGCCCAGUCUCUCCUCCAUAGUGAGCCA